AUGGGCCCCCAAGCAGCUGUCGUACGGCCAUGCGGCAACAUGGAGAGGUUCUCGACUGCUCGUCAUUCACUCGGCUUGUAUCGAUGCGUGUCAGUGACGGGCCGGUAUGCCGUUCCACCCGGCACCGCGCUCGAAAUUCUCAAGACGAAGCUCCGUGAAGCUGUUGCGCAGGUCGUCAUGGAGCAGCCUUUUCUACGCGUCGGCAUCGCCAAUGAAGACAAACAAGCCGCUUGCUACGUCUACGUUCCACGCAUCAACUUCGCAGAACACAUCCAGUGGCUCAGCCCGUCCCGCCCAGAGGCGGCGGAUGCAGUCUUAUGCAAACACCUCUCUUUCCAGCAUGAUCAGCUCUGGUUACAGCUCGACCAGCGCCCGCCCUGGAAGAUUGCCGUCAUUCCCAUCGAGACCUCCCAGGGCUCUCCAUCAGAGAUCGAGGUUGUCUUCUCCUUCCAUCACGCCAUCGGCGAUGGUACAAGCGGUUCUAUCUUUCUCGACCGUCUCCUCAAUGCACUGCUUAACCCGGCUGUCAUUUCGGGACUUGCAGCGGACCAGCUCGAGCUGUCGGAGCCACCGAUAUUACCCGGUCCCCAUGAGCAACUCAUCAACGGUCGGAUCAGCUGGCCAUACUUUCUCUGGGAGCUAUGGGGUGCCUUCGGCCCUUCCUGGCUGAAGUCUAAACCGGAUGCCAUUCCCUGGAAAGGUCGCGCUAUCGACUUCUCGACACCUUACCAGACGAAUGUCCAGUUGCUGCGACUUCCGGCUGCCAUCGCGACUGGACUGUUGGCGGCUGCUCGGGCGCAUUCUCUGACCCUGACGCCAUUGCUGCACGCACUCGUUGCCGCCUCGCUUUCACGCCAUCUCCCCGCCUCAAAGGCACAAGCGUUUGAGCCGUGUUCUGCCAUUAGCUUGAGACGGUAUGUUCCGGCGACCGCAGGGCUCGACGUGGACAAGGAAUUCUCGAUUCUCCUCACAUCGACAGAUCACCCGAUACCCAAGGCGUCGACUGCGAACCUUCGCGAAUCCUCCGGCCAGGACCUUGAGAAAGCAAUCUGGGGCGUAGCAGCCUCCGUCAAGAAUGACCUUAAAAGCAGGCUGGCGACUCUGCCCCACGACGACAUCACGGCCAUGUUGAAGUAUGUCAGCAACUUCCAUGAGUUCUUCACGAAGAAAGAUCAUGGCGAACGCGGCAAUAGCUGGGAGGUCAGCAACCUGGGGGCCAUCAACGGCGGUGCAACUGAAGGUGGCUUGUGGAAGCUGAACCGAGCCGUAUUCUCGCAGUCGGCCAUGACAGUGGGACCCGGGUUUGCCGUCAACGUCGCGGGCAUCGCCGGCGGAGAAGUCACCAUUACAUUGACUUGGAACGAGGAUAUCGUGGACACAGCGCUGCUAGAAUCUCUGGCUGCAGACCUCGAAUCGUGGACGCGACGGCUAGCAGGCGGGGCUCCCUUCUGA